AUGUCCUACAAGUGGGGCGAAGACCAUCCAUUAAAAACGCGCGAGGGCAAUUUGGAAGAGAGACACAAAGGCAUCACUCUCAAGGCCUUCCCACAGACGCUGAGGGAUGGCGUGGUCAUCGCAAAGAUCCUCGGUUUCCGGUAUAUCUGGAUUGAUUCUCUCUGUAUCAUUCAGGGAAACAAGCUUGACUGGUUUCAGCAGUCCGAACAGAUGACCGCGAUUUAUGGAAUGUCAGCUUUAAACAUCUCGGCGAGCAGCUCUGGGUCAAAUCGGGCGGGAACACUGAGAACCCGUCCGGAGCAAAACCUUAGGGUCGAAGUCUGGAGCCAUUCAAACUCUCAUAGCAACUGCGAGACGAUUUACGCUGGUGGUUCAAUCAAAAUCCUGAAUCUGGAAGAGAAAGAGCUCUCUCAACGAGGCUGGGUAUUUCAAGAACGAUUGGUUUCGCCCGCCGCUCUGCACUAUACCGACGAAGGGAUGCUUUGUGAAUGUGGAAAUGGUCUCUUUCUGGAACACCACCAGGACGUCUCCAGGGUAAAGCGGAAAGAAGACUAG